AAACGUCACCGGAACCAGGGUUUAGUGGGCGGGUGUGCGAGAUCUGCUCCAAAGAUCCAGCCCAGAGUGACAGGAAAACCCUCCAUUCCCCUUCUACCCGAAUGAAUUUCGCGGUCCCUAACUGUCUGCUGGUUUCCCAGAGAGAGCCGGUGCCCUAGAUUUCUCUGGACCCCGGGAAACUCUCCCCAGACCCGGUUUCCCGGCUGUUGGCCUGGGAGAGGCCGCGGUCAGCAGCGCAGCGUCCGGAGCUGCAGCCCGGAGGCCCUGGCACCUCCCAGGUCGGAGCAGCCCGGGGCUGGGGCAGAGAACAGGCGUGUUUUCCGCAGCUGCUCUAAGGACGCCGCUCUCACAUCGUCCAGAAGUUUCAGGUCCUAAGAACUGGGGUUUGCUGUGGAUUUUCCAUUCAUCCUAGAAGCUGGCAGAGCAGUUGCAUUAUCUGCGUUAGCUGUUGUGUCUAUUACAAAGCUCCAGGAAUGAAAAGAGACAUUUUUGUUUGUGAUUUCUGAAGACUCUUUGCCAUAUGCUGGUGUCACACUCCUCAGGCAGUCUGCUCACCUGUGAGAGCCCUGGAUGGUGAAGAGAGGAAACUGCAGCAAAGGAUCCAGGAAUUCCAGUCCUUGUUCCUGAAACAGAAACUCAGAGCAGAGCAACAAGAAGAAUGACUGCUUCUCUGGUAAAUGUGCCCCAGGGUCUGUUAACAUUCAGGGAUGUGGCUGUGGAGUUCUCAAUGGAGGAAUGGGAAUGUCUCACCUUUACUCAGAGGGAACUGUAUAGAGAUGUGGUGAUGGAGAAUUACAAUAAUCUUUUCUUUGUUGAGAAUUAUCUUAAAUGUGAGAAGAUCUUGGAUCAAGGCAAAAAGCACAUUGUCCACAAACAUUUGACUAUCCAAGAAAAAUCUUCCAAAUGUAAUGAUCCUGUCAAAAUGACUCAUGAAUCCUCUCAAGGUACACCUUCCAGAACCAAACAUAAAGAUGAGUCUGUCAAAGCAUCACACCUGAAAAGAAAAACAAUUAGGAAGACUGGAGAUGGACCUUGCAAAUUUAAAGACUAUGUAAACUGUUUGAAUGUGUGUUCCAUCGUUUGUCAAAAUGGAAGAAUUCAGAAAGAACCAAGUGCUAGAGAGUAUAAAAAGCUUUGUGAAUCAAAACAUAAAAUCAUUCUGAAACAAAGUAACAAUAGGGAAAAGAAUCCUCACAUUUGCAGAAAAUGUAGGAAAUGCUUCAAGGUGUACUCAAGUGUCUGUAGAUAUCAGAGAACACAUACUAGAAAGAAAUCUUAUACAUGUUUACACUGUAGUGAAUCCUUUCUGCAUUUGUCACAGCUGAAACUACACUAUAAAAUUCAUUAUGGACAGUAUCCUUGCAAAUGUCAUAAAUGUUUUUAUCAUAAAUCAAGCUUCAAAAGACAUUACAGGUUCCACCGUGGUGGGGAUACUUACAAAUGCCGUGAGUGUAACAAAUCCUUUAUUUACUACUCUCAACUUAGAAAACAUCAGAGAAGUCAUACGGGAGAGAAACCUUACAAAUGUAGUGAAUGUGACAUGUGUUUUAUCCAGAAUUGCAAUUUUAGAAGUCAUCAAAGAAUUUAUACACGUGAGAAACCUUACAAAUGUAGUAAAUGUCAUAAAUCCUUUACCCACAAAUUCAGUCUUGUUAUUCAUCUGAGAAUGCAUACGGGAGAGAAACCUUACAAAUGUAUUGAAUGUGACAAAUCCUUUACUGCAAAAAGCAGUCUUAGAAUUCAUCAGCGAAUUCAUGCAGGAAGGAAACCUUUUAAAUGUAGUACAUGUGACAAAUGCUUUACCCAAAAAGGCAGUCUUAGUAUUCAUGAGAAAAUUCACACAAGAGAGAAACCUUAUAAAUGUACUAUAUGUGACAAAUGGUUUACCCAUAAAAACAGUCUUGUUAUUCAUCAGAGAAUUCACACAGAUGAAAAACCUUAUAAAUGUAAUGAAUGUGAAAAAUGGUUUACUGUGAAAGGCAGACUUAGAAUUCAUCAGAGAACUCAUACAGGAGAGAAACCUUAUAAAUGUAGUGAAUGUGACAAAUGCUUUGCCCAGAAAUACCAUCUUACAAUUCAUCAGAGAAUUCAUACAGGAGAGAAACCUUACAAAUGUAGUGAAUGUGGCAAAUGCUUUCCUGAGAAAGGCAGUCUUAGAGUACAUCAGAGAAUUCAUACAGGAGAGAAACCUUACAAAUGUAGUGAAUGUGGCAAAUCCUUUACCCUGAAAUACAGUCUUACAGUUCAUCAGAGAAUUCAUACAGGAGAGAAACCUUACAAAUGUAGUGAAUGUGGCAAAUGCUUUCCUGAGAAAGGCAGUCUUAGAGUACAUCAAAGAAUUCAUACAGGAGCGAAACCUUACAAAUGUAGUGAAUGUGACAAAUCCUUUACCCAAAAAGGCCAUCUUAGAAUUCAUCAGAGAAUUCAUACAGGAGAGAAGCCUUACAAAUGUAGUAAAUGUGGCAAAUGCUUUACCCAAAAAUGCAGUCUUAUUAUUCAUCAGAUAAUUCAUAGAGGAGAGAAAACUUAAAAGUGUAGUGAAUGAGAAAAAUGCUUUAUCUUAUAUGUCAUCAGAGAUUUCAUACAAGAAACAAACCUUACAAAUGUAGUGAAUGUCACAGGUGCUUUACUGAGAAGGGCAG